AUGGGGUCCGCAGGAUUUUUUUCUAGAGAGCCAAAAACGGAGAUUCUGGGUGCGCCGGAUCUGUUCAUCAAUCGAGGUAGCACCAUCAAUCUCACGUGCGUCGUCUUGCAGAGUCCAGAGCCGCCCGCCUACAUUUUUUGGAAUCACAACGAUGCGAUAAUCAGCUACGACUCGAACAGAGGCGGCGUUUCCGUGGUCACGGAGAAGGGUGACAGCACGACAAGUUUCCUCCUGGUGCAAGAGGCGAAGCCGUCGGACUCGGGACGGUACACUUGUAACCCCAGUAAUGCUCAACCGAAAUCGAUCACCGUACACGUACUCAACGGAGAGUAUCCCGCGGCAAUGCAGCACGGCGGUCAGGCCAAGCAACCGAGGCUCUACUCUCUUCUGCUCUGCCUGUGUCUACUACUUUACUAAUUGCUCCAUUCCAUCGCGCAUUUUCGAAGGAAGAAGUCAGAGAGCACUUUAGAGCGAAUGAGAACGCGUGUGUAUACAUGUAUGUAUUGUGUGCAUGCAUGUGUGUAUGUGUGUAUGCG